UCUUCUGAUCUCUCACUAGACGUCCUUUCGGCCACAACCCCUCGUCUGCUCGUUCAAAAUGGCCUCCCUCGUGCAGCGCCCUGUCCUCGGCGCCCGCGUGGCUGCCCAGCGCCCUCGCGUUGCUGCUCGCAAGGCGGUGACCGUGCGCGCAAAGUAUGGCGAGCAGUCGCGGUACUUCGACCUGCAGGACCUGGAGAACACCACCGGCUCGUGGGACCUGUACGGUGUUGAUGACAAGAAGCGUUACCCGGAGAACCAGAGCAAGUUCUUCACCCAGGCUGCAGAUAUCCUCUCCCGCCGUGAGGCGCUGCGCGCCUUUGUUGCCCUGUCCGGCGUUGCUGCUAUCGCCACCUUUGGCCUGAAGGGCGCGAAGGAUGCUUCUCUGCCCAUUACUAAGGGACCCCAGACCAGCGGCGAGAACGGCAAGGGCGGUGCUAUCCGCAGCCGGCUGUAAACGCAGCAGCUGUAAGCCUGAAAAUUUUGCUUGCUGCUUGACGUGACAGGUGUCCAGCGUGGGUGCUUUUUACCUUUUAUUGAGCAGUAUGAGAAUAUGUGAAGACCUUUUAGGCCAAAGGUCGAUGUAUGGCUUGUGCCGCCUCAGACCAAUCGUUUCAACUGCGGAUGCGGGCGGCGCCGUUUUUUGGGUGUCGAACGGUGGGCAGUCAUUCGACCUGUAACCGUUUUUGGAAUUGAAAGU